AUGUUUUCUAAGGUCCUUGUGUGCUGCCUUUUCGCCUACGUGGCUUGCGGAGUUGUUGUCGAGAAUGUGCACGUUCCCCAGCCAUACAGCUUCGGCUACGACAACGUCGAUGAGUUUGGCACCCGCAUGACCCGCCAGGAAACGGGAGACGAGCACAACAACAAGGUCGGCUCCUAUGGCUACGUGGACGCCCAUGGCGUUGCCCGCACCGUCAACUACGUUGCCGACGCUCUCGGUUUCCGCGCUACCGUCGAGACCAACGAGCCAGGCACCAAGACAUCCGCGCCAGCCGACGCCCCCAUUUACUCCUCCUCUGUCGAGGUUGCAGCUCCUGCUGUGGUGAAGUCUGUUCACCCAGUCCCUGUUGUCGUCAAGGCUGUUCACCCAGCCCCAGUCGUUGUGAAGGCUGUCCACCCAGCCCCAGUCGCCUACACCCACAGGGUUUCCCCUCUUGCUUACAGCACUGUUGCUCACGCUCCUCUUGGCUACACCCUUGGCCACACCACUGUCGUAUAAGUGUGAACAUCUGAUAAUAAACAGAUAUCGAUGAAAUUUAAA